AUGCAUUUGAGCUCUCUUCUAGCUCUUGCAUUUUGUGUGCAUGGAGCACUAUCUCAAGCCAUGCUCCGAUUCGCUUGCUCUCAACUAGUUGUGGAGCGUCUCGAUCCCAUUGGUAACCCUGGACUGUUACCUUCGACUCAUCUCCAUCAGAUUGCCGGCGGAAACUCCUUCAAUGCCUCAAUGGAUGCCGGUGCGCACGAUACAGUUGGACUAUCUACUUGCACUUCUUGUACCUUCAGCGAAGAUUUUUCCAACUACUGGACAGCGGUUUUAUAUUUCAGAGCUCGUAAUGGAACGUACAAACGGGUGCCACAGAUGGCAAACCAGGGGUUAACGCAACAAGGUGGAUUGACUGUGUAUUAUAUUCCUCCUUACGAUGGAAAGUCGAAGGUCACCGCUUUCAAACCUGGGUUCCGCAUGCUGGUUGGAGAUCCGAUGGUCCGUUCGGCGUCUGCUGCACCGAAGGGUGUUUGUCAUCGUUGUUUUGGAAAGAAUCAACAGCCGUUUGGCAGUGCCCCCUGUACAGGCGCUGAUACAUCGGAACUUCCAAGAGGAACAUGUCUUGGAGGGAUCCGCGAGACGAUCAUGUUCCCAACCUGCUGGGACGGCAAGAAUCUGGACUCACCAGACCAUCGAACACAUGUGGCAUAUCCUAGUAGCGGUACAUUUGAAUCAGGUGGACCCUGUCCUGCAACACACCCUGUCAAGCUCCCUCAAGUCAUGUUUGAAGUCAUGUGGGACACCAGCCAGUUCAAUGACAAGUCCAUCUGGCCCGCUGAUGGAUCCCAACCAUUCGUCUAUUCAAUGGGGGAUGCCACCGGAUAUGGAAAUCACGGUGACUACCUCUUCGGAUGGAAAGGCGAUAGUUUGCAGAAAGCUUUGGAUGCGAGGUGCAAUCUUGACAAAUGCGCCCAAACACCUUCUCAGUCGGCGGCGAACGCUAUCAAGUGCCAGAAGAAAUCCCCUAUUAACGAACCAGUUGAUGGAUGGCUUACCACACUUCCUGGGAACGUUCCAGUCACAUAA